AUGGGUAAAACUACAGAGGAAGGCCAUCUCUUUGUGCUAGUCCAUGGACUAUGGGGAGGCGCUUCGCAUCUUAGAGCCAUUGAAGAGACAAUACACUCAACAGUGAGUGACUCCACUGAAAAGAUUUGUACAAUCAGACCAAAAAGCUCUGCGUUAUUCAAGACUUAUGACGGGAUUGAGAUUGUUGGACAACGGAUGUUGAUUGAAGUGUUGCAAGAAGUUCAACAUUUGUUACACGUUGACGGAAUUGCUAUAACAAAGAUCAGUUUUGUUGGUUACUCUCUAGGUGGAUUGAUAUCCAGGUAUAUUAUUGGUGAACUAGAAAAACUAAAGUUCUUUGAAACAGUGGAACCACAAUACUUUACAACAUUUGCUUCACCACAUUUAGGUGUUUGCUUUUUCAAGCCACGUUAUAGAAUUCUAAACAUAUUGGGUACUAGCUUAUUGGGACUUGUUGGAAGAGAGUUAUUUAUAAGCGAUCAAGGCAAGAUAUUGGUUCAAUUGAGUGAGGGUGAUUAUAUUAAAGGGUUAGAGCGUUUCAAGAAGCGGUUCUUAUUUGCCAACAUCCGCCAUGAUAGAUCUGUGAAUUUUUAUACCGCUUAUAUUACAAACAAAAACCCAUUUGAGCAGCAUUGGGAUCAACUAGACUUGAAGUUUGAUUUUGAUGAAGAUUUACUAUCUACGUAUACCGUGAGAGGAAUUGACAUCAAACCAAGAAUUGUCAACCUUCAAAAAUCAACAUUUAGAGAUGAAAACUAUCAGCCUGAAAAACCAACCAUUGGUCGAAGAUUAGAAUAUGCAGGUGUGUUGUUGUUAGUUUGUUGUGUUUUGCCUUUUUGGAUUCCGAUUGUUUUCACUGCAAGUACAAUAGGGUCAAUUACAAGUUAUUUUAUAGUGAAAACUUAUAAAGGACCAGAUAUUGAUGCACUCAGGGAUUUGGCAAAUUCAAAAAACAUUAAUAAAUCUGAAGGAUCUGAAAUCUCUGAUAAUGAAGAAGAGGAUAAUGAACCAUUCCAAGAGCGCAUGGAAGACGCAACUGGUGAAGCUCUUGAAAAUCAGUAUGAAAUUUUCCAAAAGACUGAGGCUCUACCAUUAGAUAAAGAUAGGGAAUACAUUCUUCAGAAUUUGAACAAUUUAAACUGGAUCAAGUUUGCAGUUUAUGUUAAUGUCUUGAAUGCUCAUGAUGGGAUUAUUGCUAGAAAAGGGUUAAAAAAAAGUACGGUAAAAGGUGUGGCUACAGUUUAUUUCUGGGGUGAAUUAAUUAAUAGAGAGAUCAAAGGGGAACAAAUUAAGUGA